AUGAUCAACCACUCACGAAAAAAACCCUUCAGAUUGGGAAUAGCAUAUUUUCAGAGAAAUCCACUUGUUGAAGAUGACUGUUUGCUGCUCAGGUCCGAGACCCAGGUGAGGAUCUUGAAUUUUGAGGAUCCAGAUGAUGAAUCGCGGGCCUUUGAGUUUGAUCGAUGCUAUUGGUCACACAGCUCUGAUCAUCAAUUCUUCGCCACCCAAGAAACGUUGCAAAGUGAACUUGGCGUCACCAUGCUUGAACAUGCUAUGAAUGGAUUCAACAACUGCAUUUUUGCCUACGGGCAAACUGGUAGCGGAAAAUCCUACAGCGUGCUCGGUGGCAAGGGCGAGGAACGGGGACUUCUUCCGAGAGUCGUGGAAGGGCUUUUCGACCACUUCGCGAAGCUCCCAGAGGGUGCAACCUACAAGACACUUGUGGCUUUCAUGGAAAUCUACAACGAGCAGAUCCGAGACCUGCUGGCGCCAGCUGACUCGGAGAUCAAAAAAUUGGAGGUCAAACAGCAUCCAGUUCUGGGCACAAUUGUUCCAGGGUUGACAGAAGCCGCAGUUGCUUCCGGCGAAGAAGUGCUCAAUCUUGUGGACUAUGGAUCCCAAAUGAGGCACGUGUCAGCCACAGCAAUGAAUGCUACAAGUAGCAGAAGUCAUUGCAUUUUCACCUUUAAAACCUCAUUGACGGAACCAGAUCAGCCUUCGAAGGUCUCCCAGACACAUUUGGUAGAUUUGGCUGGCUCAGAGCGAGCUGGUCGAACCAAAGCUACUGGUGACAGGUUGAAGGAAGGUGCGGCUAUCAACCAAAGUUUAUCGACGCUGGCCAGGGUCAUUUCAGAACUGGCCAAGUCAGCGAAGUCCAAGAAGAAGCCGAAUCCGCCCUUCCGAGAGUCCAAACUGACCUAUAUCCUCAAAGAAUCUUUGUGUGGCAAUUCCAAGACAGUGAUGAUGGCCGCUAUCUCUCCCAACUUCCUGGACUAUGAUGAGACCUUAUCCACACUCAAGUUUGCUCAAUCUGUCAAACAAGUCCAGACGAAGCUGCAGGCAGUGAAUAUGUCCUCGGUGGAAGCUCAACUCCGAGCUGAGCUGAAUGCUUUGAAGUCCCAGUUGCAAGCCUAUCAGGAUUCCGUCGAAUCUGAUGAGCUGGGCUUCUUGAAAAGGCGUUUAGAGGAGCAAGAACAACUCUGCGCUUACUAUGGAAAAGAUUGGGAUAGCUUGCUGGCUGAGGAAAAGAGUCGUAUGGAUGAACGUCGAACGUCUCUGCAUCCUUCAGCCCUUGGUGGUCUUGGGAAGCUAAAGAAGAUGGAGGAGUCACUUGACUCGGAUGAUGAUAUUGAGGAUGACGAUGUGGAGUCGUUCACGUGCUCUUUGUUGAUGCUUGGAAAGCCCGUGGAAGAGACACCCAAAGAAGGGCGAAGCUCCCUGGUGGCGCCGAUCCGUAGCUCGCUGGCUGUGGUAGGUCCAAUGGCCCAGCAGCUAUUGGCCAAGCAGGACAAGAGAGCACAAUCUGAAUUGUUGAGAAGGCAAUUGGAUGACUUAUCAGCCAUUGCUACAGAAGCAGAAGAGCAGCUGAAUGAGUUCCAAAGUGACGAAGGUAUGAUCUCAUUGAAGGUGCUGGUAGUGAUCAAUCCGCAAGACGAGGACUGUCUUGAGGCUGCUCUGGUGGUACAAGCUUCAGCAAAGUCCUCGUUACCUUCCUCGUGGACUUGGCCGCGGCAAGACACUGCGGAGGAACAAGCAACAGCGGAUUGGUGUUCUGGGAGUGAGCUUAAGAAGAGAUUGGCUUGGCUAAAAGAGCACAGGUCAUCGCUGGGUUCAAAGACUGCUCCGGAAGCAUGGCUUGCCGCUGGUCAAGCCAUUUCUGGCCAUGAACAGCUACAGGCACUACAGCGCGAAAAUGCGGAGAUGGCCAAAAAGCUGGCAGAGAUGCAAGCAAGGCUUAGUAAAGCAGACGAUCAAGCACAACGUUCAGAUUCUGUUAACAAGGAGUUGCUUCUGUGCAUCCGAUGA